AUGAGCUACGACCACGCUGCGACGGCCCACAUCCAUGCCAAGACCCCGAGGAGCAGCCCCGAGCCACCUAGCAGCUGCUGCGGCACGCCGCCGAAGAUGCAUCCCACCCCCGGCCAUGGAUGUCUAGCGCCCCGCCACCCCAAAAGGAGCAGCCUGCCCGCCGACCGCCCCGCCACCGCCUUAGCAAGGUCGCCACCACCACCCACACACCCGCUACCGCCAUCGCACGGAUCUGGGAUGGGGGACCAGAUCCGCCACCAGCGAGUCCCCCGCCCCUCGGAACCCCACAGGCCGCCGCAGGGAAGGGGAGCAACACCACCGGGGGGCCAGGCCGACGAGGGAGGGGGCAGGGCCCAACGACCGCCGCCGAUGCCGUGGAAGGAAUCCCGCGACGAAGACCUCCACCACGCGGGAGAGAGAGGCCCCGCCGCCGCCUACGCCAACCGGUCUUUGGCCAGCGACGCCACCGGCGGCAACGAGGGAGGAGGGCCGGGCCGGGGCGCGAGAGGUGGCGGCGCUAGGGUUGGCUCCCUGAGUCGCCCACGGGAGCGACUCGGCAGCGGCCCGUGGGAGUGA